CCUUGGGACGCUCCUCAGAUCACAUCCUAAGUCAUCGAACCCUUGAACAAUACCCUAAAAAUCUAAAACUCUUGAGUUUUCACGGAAUGUCGCAGUUGGUGGACAAGGCGAAGAACUUUGUGGCAGAGAAGAUAGCCAACAUGAAGAAGCCAGAGGCUAGCCUUACGGACGUUGAUCUGAAACAUGUGAGCCGUGAGGGCAUCGAAUAUGGAGCUAAAGUCUCUUGCAGCAAUCCAUAUAGUCAUUCUAUCCCCAUUUGUGAGAUCUCUUAUACUUUCAAAAGUGCUGGCAGGGUGAUUGCAUCUGGGACAAUACCAGACCCGGGGUCAUUGAAGGCCAGCGACACGACGAUGCUGGACGUGCCAGUGAAGGUGCCACAUAACAUAUUGAUAAGCUUGGUAAGGGACAUUGGUGCAGAUUGGGACAUUGACUAUGAAUUGGAGUUGGGACUCACCAUUGAUCUUCCUCUCAUUGGUGACAUCACUAUCCCUCUCUCUCAGAAAGGAGAGAUCAAGCUUCCCACUCUCAGAGACAUCUUUUGAAUUAAUUAUUUCUCUCUUAUGAUUUCUAAGCAACUUGAAGGAUAUGUCAAAAUACUGUGCUUUUGAAUAUCUUUUGUCUUCUACAACAGAUCAAAGUUAAUUCCCAAAUUUACUUUUUUUUUAAAGAAGCAGAAUAGUUUGCUUUAUGUAUUAGUUUUCAGUUUCAUUUUAUCAGAGAGUAUAAUUUACUUUCCGCUGCAUUUAAUUAAAUCCAAGUCUAUCCGUGCACUCUU